AUGAAUGCCUUAAAGAAUCCUAAUGUCAACAUGAUUGGCGUUUGGGGUAUGGGUGGUGUGGGCAAAACUACUCUUGUGAAGAAAGCUGCUGAACAAGCCUAUGUAGACAAGAAUUUUGAUGUGGUGGUUUUAUCGGAGGUAUCUUCAAAUCAAGACAGGAGAAAGGUUCAAGGAGAAAUUGCAGAGGCCUUAGGCUUCAAAUUCGAGGCGGAGACAAUUUCAGUGAGAUCCAUCCAGUUACGUGAACGUCUUGAUCUGGGAGAAUUAGGAAUAUCUUUUGGGAAUAACCAGAAAGGAUGCAAAAUAUUGAUGACAUCUAGAGAUGAGAAUGUAUUAACCGAGAUUGGUACUAAUUGUUUGAAAAUCUUGGUUGAUACAUUAGAUGAUGUGGAGGCUCAGAAAUUAUUUGAGAAAAUGGCAGCGGAUGUCGUUAAAGUUCCCAAUUUGCUUCCUAUCGCCAUUGAAAUAGCUAAAAGAUGUGUAGGUUUGCCAAUUUUGGUUGUCACAGUUACAAGGGCUCUAAGAAAUAGAAAUGAUUCACAUACUUGGAAAGAAGCCUUACGACAAUUAGAAAGGUUUGAAAAUGCUGAAUUUGAUGAACGAGUGUAUUCAUCUCUAGAGUUGAGUUACAAUUACUUGAGAAGUGAUGUGAUGAAACAGUUGUUCUUGCUUUGUGGUCUACUAGUAAAUACUGAUUAUGCCAUUGAGGAUUUGGUGAAAUAUUGCAUGACACUUGAUUCUUUUGAAGAUAUUGAUCGGUUGGAAGAUAGGAGAAACAGGUUGCAUAAAUUGGUUAUAGACCUCAAAUCUGCAUGUUUGUUAUUAGAUGGUGAAAAAUAUGGUUACAUCAAAAUGCAUGAUGUGGUUCGCAAGUUUGCUGUGUCAUUUGCAAGCCAAAAUCAUAAUAUGUUCCUUGGAGAAUAUGAUGGUGAAUUGGAAGAAUGGCCCAAAAAGAAUACGGUUGCAAAGUUUUCUUCCAUAUGUUUUCCUCACAAUUAUAUUCACAGACUACUAGAAGGGUGGGAAUGUGAAGAGCUGAAGUUAUUUAUUCUGCAUUCCAAAAAUCGUGACUUGGAGAUUCCUAGUUCAUUUUUCCAAGGGUUGAGAAGAAUUGUGGUCUUAGAUAUUGAGAAUAUCAUAAUUCCAUAUUUACCUUCAUCCCUCUAUUAUCUGAAAAACCUUUGCACUCUCUCUCUUGAGGAGUGUGAGUUGGAAGAUAUAGGCAUAAUAGGAAAUCUAGUGGGACUAGAAGUUCUUCGCAUUGUGAAUACAAAGAUCUCCCGUUUGUCCGAGGAAAUAAGACAACUGACUUGUCUGAAGUUGUUCAGUGUCAGCGGGUGUUAUAAUCUUGAAGUGAUUCCACCAAAUGUCAUUUCAUCGUGGACUCGAUUAGAAGAAUUGUCUAUGGAAGAAAGCUUUGUAAAUUGGGAGGCUGAAGGAGUUAAUCAUCAAAAUGCUUGCCUUGCUGAGUUGAAAACAUUGUCUAAGCUAGUCAGCUUGGAUAUUCACAUUCCAAAUUCCGAUAUUAUGCCAAAUGACUUGUUCUCAGACAAGUUAGAAAGAUUUAAAAUAUUAAUAGGAGAUGGUUGGGACUGGCAAUGGUCUAGCGAGUAUGAAACCUCACAGAGGUUGAAACUCAAAACUCUCCACAAGCAUUCAUUUGAAGCCUGA